AUGGCAUCUUUGCCGAGCGAGGAGCUUAGAUCAAGUUAUCGAUCCCAACUCUCGGCAUCUACGGCCCAGGGGACGGUAGCAACUGAGAGGAGUAGCGUCGCGACUAAGAGCAGUUCUAGAACCUCGGUCUACGGGGCGGCCGAUGAUUCGCUUAGUAUUAACGAUAUAAUGGGAAUGUACGAGAAGGGUUUCUACGACGACUCAGCUCCCGAGGACAAUAAUGAGAUGGUAGACUCGAGGCCGGGCACUGCAAAAUCGGAAUUAAGCAGGAGGAGGACUGCUAUGCUAGACGCGAUGACUAUCUUCCUGCCAACCCCGGAAUCACCAGGCGCGACCUCUGACUCUGGUCAGAUCGAGCAGGAUUCUGUUUCUAUUUCUCAUGACCCUGAUGAACACGAUUCCUUGCCUGGAGAGGUGUCUAGAGAAGUAUCCGAGGAGGUGUCUGAGGAAGUGUCCGAGGAAGGGCCUGGGGAGAUGUCUGAAGAUAUCGAGGCAGUUAAUAUAUUAAUCGACGUGGAUGCGGACGUGGAUGCGGGCGCCGAGACUGAAGAUGAUACCGAGGACGGCUACAGUCCUUUACCCCCAUCGCGCCACCCGACCGUGUCGACUAUCGCGGAGGACGACGACGAGCGGGAUCGCUACGGGUUUCGGAAGAGUAAUCAGUACGUUAACCGGGAACAAUACGAUAACUGGAACCAAGGAUAUACCGAGUAUCUAGAGAGAAGGCGGAAAAAGUGGACCGCCUUUCUUAGGGAGCAUGGGCUGAUGACUGACAAUCCUAACCGAUUUCCUCCUCGAUCUAACAAGACGAAGCGAUUUGUACGCAAGGGAAUACCUCCCGAUUGGAGGGGCGCUGCUUGGUUCUAUUACGCUGGGGGGCCUGCUGUUGUUGCGAAACAUGCCGGCCUGUACGAUGGCCUUUUGAAACAAAAAGCUAAGGAUGUGGACGUCGAGGCGAUCGAGCGCGACUUGCACCGUACGUUUCCGGACAACAUCAAAUUUCGCUCUUGCCCUGCUUCCGCCUCUGAUAGCAGCCAACAAGCGCUUGCGAAAGAGACCGAGGGCAUCAUCCCCGUUGCCGAGAAGCCGAUGAUCGUAUCUCUGCGCCGCGUCUUGCACGCCUUUGCCAUCUAUAAUCCCAAGAUCGGAUAUUGCCAGUCGCUCAACUUUUUAGCAGGUUUACUCCUGCUCUUCGUAGAAAGCGAGGAACACGCCUUCUGGUUACUAAAUAUCAUAGCCCGAGUAUAUCUUCCCGGGACGCACGAAACCAGCCUCGAGGGCGCGAAUGUUGAUCUCGGAGUGCUCAUGUCCUCGUUAAGGGAGUCUAUGCCCAACGUCUGGGCUAAGAUCGGAGGCGAGCUGGACGGUACGGACGUCGUAUGGUCAAAGAGCUGGAGGCACAGACAUCGAGCCGAGACGACUCGGCUUCCGCCGAUUACCCUUUGUAUGACGGCUUGGUUUAUGAGUUGCUACAUCGGCACUCUACCCAUCGAGAGCACUUUACGCGUAUGGGACGUUUUUUUCUACGAGGGAUCCAAAACGCUAUUUCGAAUCGCUCUAGCAAUCUUCAAGAUCGGCGAGAACGAAAUCAGGGGCGUGGGAGAUCCUAUGGAGAUCUUCCAGGUGGUGCAGACGAUUCCUCGCAGGCUUAUCGACGCCAACGGUUUAAUAGAAUCCUGCUUCAAGCGUCGUAACGGCUUCGGCCAUCUUAGCCAAGAAACAGUGGAGCAAAAGAGGCAAGAAAGACGGGUUCAAGUUAAAGCCGAGCGAGAAAAGCAAACGGGCAAUAUCGUCUCGAUAGAUUCAGACUUCAAGAAGAAGGGAAACCUUUUCGGCCGACGUAGAUAA